UCUAGAUUUCUUUUACGCUCUUCUUUCCAUAUUGCAAACAAUUCUAAAGCUUCCAUAUUAUAUUUGGCUUUCCUUGGAAAUAUAACCUUACAGAUAAACUUCAAAUUUUCAAGUAUAUUCAGACAGUAAUUAAGUUAGUGAUCAAUAAUAUAUGGAGAGAAAAAAAUCAUCAGUCCUACAGCAUCCGAGCAAUGGAAACUUGGUCACUAUUCUCAGCAUCGACGGAGGUGGUAUCAGGGGCAUUAUCCCCGCAACUGUUCUAGCUUUUCUUGAAGCGCAGCUUCAGGAGUUGGACGGUGAGGAUGUAAGGCUUGCAGACUAUUUUGAUGUGAUUGCAGGAACAAGCACAGGUGGUCUUGUAACUGCCAUGUUAACUGCUCCAAAUCAUAAUCAGAGACCACUAUUCGCUGCCAAGGAUAUCAAGCCCUUUUACUUGGAUCAUUGCCCUAACAUUUUCCCACAACACAGUGGUCUGUGGGGAUCGAUAAGAAAGUUGGUGAGAUUACUAGGAGAACCGAAAUACGAUGGAAAAUACCUUGAAGGAGUGGUGAGGGAGAAACUAGGAGAGACACGUUUGCAUGAAACGCUGACGAAUAUUGUGAUUCCAACCUUUGACAUAAAGACUCUGCAACCAAUCAUCUUCUCCUCUUAUCAAAUAAAGAGGUCUCCUUGCUUGGAUGCUCGACUCUCUGAUAUAUGCCUCGGCACCUCUGCUGCACCUACUUAUCUUCCACCCUACCACUUCAAGAACCAAGAUCAACAAGGGAACAUAAAAGAAUUCAACCUCAUCGAUGGUGGCGUUUGUGCUAAUAAUCCGAGUUUUGUGGCCAUGAAUCAAGUAAUUAAUGAAAAUUCCGAGUUAUUUUCUAUGAAGCCAAUGGAAUAUGGUCGUUUCUUGAUAAUCUCUCUAGGCACUGGGACCCCCAAGAAUGAACAGAAAUUGGAUUCAGAAAUGGCAGCAAAAUGGGGUGUAUUGGAUUGGUUAAUCCACUGUGGUUCCACUCCAUUGAUAGAUGUGUUUACUCAAUCCAGUGGGGAUAUGGUUGAUUUCAAUAUUGCCACUGUCACUCAAGCACUACAUUCACAAAAUAAUUACCUCCGGAUACAGGACGAUACGUUGACGGGUACGGAAUCAUCACUUGAUAUUGCCACGAAAGAGAAUUUGGAAAAACUUAGCCAAAUUGGAGAGAGGUUGUUGAAGAAAGCAGUAUCUCAGAUCAAUUUCGAUACGGGUUUGCUUGAGCCCUUGGGAAAUGGGGAGACCAAUCAAGACGCUCUCACAAGGUUUGCGAAAAUACUUUCACAAGAAAGGAGGCUCCGAGAAUUGAAAUCUCCUCACACUGACAAGACCUGAGACGUUCGUUGUUCAUGAAUUCUGAGUUUCCAUUCUAUGUUUUAGAGUUCUUCUAUUUAAUGUUACUCAAUAGAAUUUAGGUUUUUUUUUGUUUGGUAGAGAAUAAAAUUUAGGUUUCAAUUU